AUGAUGUUGAGAGAUCUUGUUAAAAACGUCAGUAGCGUCCUCUUAUUUGGCCAGGCUGCUUCAUAUGCCUUUGGCCCUCCACCAUCAGCGCUCGACCCCUACCAACCAUCAGAAUACGUUGAAUAUGGUCCCGCUGGGCUAGAGACUCGAUCCGACCCAAAUGACCGCGUUUUCAUCCCUUAUAUAUUCAAACGAUCGUAUCAUGCUGAUGAGGACGAUAAUUUGGGCAUCGACGAUCCUGCAGACCUUCACGACUCUUCUGCCGAUCCUCCUUCUAUGUGGUCUGAGCUAUUCAACCAUUUCUCCUCAAUGAAAUCCAAGCGCGGAGCUUCACAGUAUUAUUUGCUCCACUUUGGCAUGCCCGGCGUAAGCUCCCGCAGCAUCGGAAAGCCACAGCAGCGAAAUUUUGACUUUGCCAAGUCUCGUCGCUUCUUCGAGUAA